CACUUGACAGCUGUCAUCUGUGCAAACUAAAACUGUUUCUGGACUGUUGAAUCGUUAAAAAUAUUUAAUCAAUCAUACUGUAUCUGAUUAAAAUUGUACGAGAUACCUCUGAAUAAGUAAACGGUUUCUUUAGAAUUGUGUUACAGUCUAGCUCACACAAUGGUAUUUCUGACUGUAGCCAAUUGGGUUCGUAGCCGCGGACCUGAUGAAUUUUGGAGAAAGAGGAGGGUUUUUAGGUUAGCCGCACAUUACAUUGGUCGGCGAAGGAACUGUUACUCAAUAGCUGUGCGAAAUGUACACCGAGCCUUAGUUUACGCAACCAAAGCCAGAAAACUGAAGAAGCAAGAUAUGAUCGAUCUCUGGAACACGAGAAUUAACGCAGCUUGUGAACAACACAAUAUCACAUACUUUACUUUGAAAGAGGGUUUAGACAGGGCCAACAUCUUAUUAGACCGAAAAUCAUUGUCAGAUUUGGCAUGUUGGGAACCACGGACAUUUGAAAGUUUGGCUGCUGUUGCCAAACAAAAGAUGAACUACGAUGGUUUUAUUGACAAUGCGGAUAAAAAACAUCCUACUGGUGUGAACCUAAACCUUAAAGAUGUUAUGUUAGAAGCUUGGUUGAAGGAAAGAAAGCAGUGAAAUAAUUUAGCACUUUAUUCACCUAUAGUCUAGUUAUUUUAGUUCAACAAUUAGUUUUGUAAAAAUAAAUAUUAUCUAAGUCA